CCGCUAAAAAAUUUCCCAAUCGCGACCCUCGACCGUCCAACUUUCAAACCUCCAAUUCUUUAUCCCGUUCCCUCUUUGACAGAGACCAUAUCAACACCCAUAUUAUUGGUCGCAAGAGGAAACAAAUUAUAAACAAUACGAUGGAUGCACAUGCGCUGCUCUCCUCCCAAGGCUGGCGAGGAACCGGACACUCCCUACAUAAAACCGACGACUCAAUUGGACUUGCGAAACCUCUACUGCUGAAUCGCAAAGACAAUACUCGAGGACUGGGCCAGAAGCAACAUUUCACUAGCGACCAAUGGUGGAUGAACGCGUUUGAUGAGCAACUCAAGGGUAUCGAUACGUCCAAAGAGGGGAAAGUGGUUCAGACUGUCACCACUGGCAAGCUGAACGCCCUGGAAAAGAACCUCGGCAAAUACUCCGUAUACACGACCUUCGUACGAGGCGGAUUCCUCGAAGGAACAAUAGAUAAGCUCACGAUCAACGACUCGAGCAUGGAGUCAUCCGAAACCGAAUCCAGUGACCAGCAAGAAGGCGACAAGUUUGAUAAGGACAAGCCUCGGAAAGAGACCAAGGAGGAGAAGAAAGCCCGAAAAGAAGCAAAGAGGAAGCGGAAGGAAGCGCGGGCCGCGAGAAGGGCCGAGAAAGCAGCACGCCGAGAGCUCAAGUCCAAGUCGAAAAAGUCUUCCAAACCCUCCAAGUCCUCAGCAGAAUCAAGCGACGCAGACGAGGAGAAAAAACGGCGGCGCGCAAAGAAAGAAGAGAAAAGGAGGCAAAGAGCCAAAGAGACUGGGAAAUAGAAUAUAGAGGGACAUGGAAAAUCGGAGUUUGAAGGCAUAUACAGCGAAAGCAUAUUCUGGGAGUUGAGGUUAAUGGAACUUUUGGAUGAUACCCCAUAGAUGUAUAUUUACGUCUGUUUUGGAAUCUUCCCGGGCUUGUUGGAAAGGAGCCAUGGUCUUUGGUUCCAGAAAUCGUCCUUGAUGAUGUCCAUGUGUUCCACCA